AUGCCGACAGCUCUUGCUCUUUCUCUCGCUUUCCUUAUUCUGCCUACUGUUUCUGCUGUCCUCCAAGCUGUCACUGUCAAAGGGAUAGUCAAUUGUCGUGGUCACCGACAGCCUGGAACUUUUGUGCAGCUUUACGAUGAAGAUUCUCGUGAGUUUAUGGAAUCUGGAACCUGCAAUCCACGUACCCUUUUUUCAGUAUUUGACAGUGACGAUCUUCUCGGAUCAGUAGUGGCAGAUCAUAGAGGAGUGUUCUGCGUAAAAGGAAGUACUGAUGAGGUAGGCGGGAGACAUAAAAAAUGUAUCCUCAAGUUUUCUUCAGUUCACCACCAUCGAACCGUACAUCUUCAUCGAACACAAUUGCGGAUACGAAGGGCUCAACGAGAAAGUAACUAUGUCGGAGCAUCUGUCUGAGUUCACCACCAUCUUUUUCAGCGCGUCUUCACCCGAAUCGUGCCGGCCGAUCACAUCACCGAAGGAGCAAAAGCCAAGAAUGUCUACCACAUGGGCGACAUUGAACUUCUCACUCCAGGUAUGUGGCCGGUUGCAGACAGACUCGGAAGUACCAACUUCAGAUGCACCAGUGCAAAAGUACGAGAAGAGAAUCUACGUCGAGACCAACAUUGAUGAGAGAAUCCGUCAAUGCAUCCCAACCUACGUUCAGUACAAGCGGUUCUAUGAGAAGGUUGCAAAACCCAAGAUUUUCCGACGUUCAGAGAUAAUUUUCAGACUGUUUUCGAAUCGAAAAUCCACGAGACGGUGCUUCCAACUGAUGAAGAGCCAGGAGUCGAUGGAGAGCCAGUGAUUGAACCCACUGAAGAAGAAGAAGACGUCGAGGCUACGACGGGUGAGUUUGUCGAGCCAGGCCAGACACAGAUUCGGCAUGAAGAUCACAACUUGAGCGAAGAAGAGAGAAGAGUUGAAGAGGAACGUCUUCGUUUGGAAGGUAAAUGAAGUUUUCUUCUUAUUUUUGUUUUCAUUUUCGAUUUCCAGAAGAACAAAGAAAGUUGGAUGAGAUCAGAAGAUUAGAGGAAGAAGCUCUCAGACUGGAAGAGAUUCGCCGCAUUGAAGAGGAGAAGAAGCGAAUCGAAGAGAUCAGACGACAGGAAGAAGAGCAACAGAGAAUCGAGCUGGAGCGCCGCGAAGAAGGUAGCGCGAUUCACAUGUUACAUUUAAGAAAAACAUUAUGACUCAGAACGUCGAUUGGAAAAUGAAAGAAGAGCGGAAGAGGAAAGAAAGAGGGAGGAAGAUGCGAAACUUCAGGAACAAAGAAGAAAGGAACAAGAGGAAGAGCACAAACGACGACUGGAAGAGUACCACAGAAGAGAGCAGGAGAGACAGGAAGCCUUGAAGAUCAGAGAGGAACUGAUUAAACAGCGAGAGGAGGACAGCAAGAACAAAGGAUCUUCUGCGGAACAGACUGAGAAGAAGGAUCCGUGCGUGCAUUACCCUGUUAUUACCCAGGUACGUCACCGACUCAAUUUGUGAUAUCCACACAGUAUUUUUGGUCGGUAUAGGAACUAUCCGAUAUCAGUAAGUGACCUUUUCAAGUGUGAAGGGUUCCCACUUCUUUUCUGUUUGUUCGUUUUCUGUUCUUGACCGUAUUGUGAUUGUUUUUAGGGCCAGACCAUCAGUAGAUCGGUGGAACUUCGUCACGAGUACGUCGAGGAUCCAUGCCUUCGGAGAUAA